UGAUGUGCGUGUAAAAUUAUAAAACAGUUAUGGCUGACUCUUUAGCUGGUCAAAGAGCCAAAAGGCAGAAAGUCGACAAACACGGCCGGUUAUCGGCCUUUGAGAAACUGAAACAACUGAAAGGCAAGGGUGUGAAGAACAAAUACGAUGUGGAUGAAAUGGAAAAUGUUUACGACACGGUGGACGAGAGGGAAUACUCCGAAAGGGUUAUGCAAAGACAGGAGGACGACUGGAUAGAAGACGAUGGGACUGGCUACGUGGAAGAUGGCAGGGAAAUAUUCGAUGAUGAUGAAAUUGAAGAUACUUAUGUGGCUUCUAGCAACAAGGAGUCUGGCCGGGGACAGAAAAGGAAGGCUAGAGUAGCACCACCCACUUCCAAGGGCAAUAUCAGGAAUCUAUUAGGUUCCAUGCCAACUAAGAAGAAAGAGGAUGUAAAAAUAUCAGAAGACAAUAUUCUGUCAGAUAUCAUGUCAGACUUGGAUGGGAAUGCAUCUGCUGCAGUGAAACCAAAGCCAGUGGUCACCAAGACCAGUAUAGUGGAAUCCAGUAAAAGGGAUGCACAGAACUACUUCAAAAGCCUAUCUUCAGCAGCCAAGAAACCUACCACUACACUUCUUGGCAAGGAUCAGCCAGCUGUGAAGGUGGAAAAUAAAGAAAACCUUGUUUCCCCUGACAAACCAGCUGAAAAGAAUGUAACUCCACAAAAUGGUGAGACCUCAAAGUCUGUGAUAGAUAAACCAGUGCCAAAGAAAACAGAGUGGAAAAUAGAUAGAGAGAUUAAAGAAGAAAUAGAAGACUCAGCCACACAGAAUAUAGAGGAGUUCCACACACAAGACCUGGACUUUGAUGAUGAUUUUAGCAAUGACACCACUCCAAAACCUGCUGAAGUAGAAAUGAAGAAAGAAGUCCUGCCCAGCACAGCAGAAACUAUAACUGAUGUUGCUGAGGAGUUUUUAAAUGAAGAUUUUGAGAUAUUCCCAACUAAAAAGGAGUCUCCUAAGCAACUGAAGCCAUUGACUAGUACCUGGACUGACCAAAUGGGUGAGAACCAAGUGGCAGCCACAGUGCAAGUAGAUGGGCAGCUGCCUCUACAAACAAAUGAGAGUGGAGAGAAAAUCCUUAAGUUCUACUGGCUUGACGCUUGGGAGGACAGGUUUGUGAAGCCAGGAGUUGUGUACUUGUUUGGUAAAGUUUAUGCCAAUCCAUCCAACAAAAAAGCAGGUUGUGUUUCCUGUUGUCUUGUAGUUAAGAAUGUUAACAGGCAAAUGUUCCUGUUACCCAGGGAGUAUAAACUGGAUCCAGUAACAUUAGAGCCAACUGAUCAGGAAGUGACUAUGAUGGACAUGUAUGCUGAGUUCAACAGUGCAGUGGCCAGUGAGCUGGGCCUCAAGGAGUUCAAGUCACGGAAGGUCACUAGAAGCUACUGCUUCAAUUUACCAGAUAUACCUGCACAGUCUGACUAUUUAGAAGUUAGAUAUUCUGCUUCAUUCCCGCCGCCUCCAAAAGACAAGAAGUACCUAACGUUCUCUCAUAUCUUCGGCGCUAACACGUCUUCUCUCGAGACCUUUUUACUAGAGCGUAAAAUAAAGGGUCCAUGUUGGCUGGAGGUGAAAAUGCCGGAGCAAGUCGCAGCUAAGGUCUCGUGGUGCAAGCUGGAAGCUGCCUGUGAAAAAAUGGAACAUAUCACGGUGAUCAGGAAUGACACAGACUUGGAACCCCCGCCUAUUGUUGUAGCUACUAUAAACAUGAGAACAGCAAUGGAUCCCAAAACAAGGAAGACAAAGAUCUUGAUGUUGAGCUGUUUGUCACACACUAACUUUCACUUACACAAGCCUCCACCAAAUCCACCAUUUCAACAACAUUUCUGUGUAAUGACUAAAUGCAAUGAAAUCUGGCCCAUUGAUCUAAAACAGGCUCUACCUCAAUAUAAAGCAACAAAACUAACAAAAUGUGACACGGAGCGAGAACUUCUAAACUAUUUCAUGGUACAAUUCUGGAAGUUGGACCCAGACCUGGUUGUAGGGCAUGACCUGCAAGGGUUCCAGCAAGAUCUACUGAUAGGCAACAUCCUCGACCUACAUAUACCCAACUGGUCUCGAUUGGGGCGGCUCAAGAGAUCUGUUGCUCCACAAAAGAAAUACGCAGCAAAGGACGCAUUCCUUGGUCGCUUAGUUUGCGACAUCAAAAUAUCUGCUAUGGAGUUAAUUCGAGCCAGAAGCUUCGAUCUCGAUACUUUAUGUGUAAACGUACUAAAAAUGAAAGAAGGCGAACGUGUCGAAGUAGCACUCGAAGAUCUGCCUCGGUAUUAUGAGAACAGCAACGAUCUGUUCCAACUUGUGUCUCUAAGCAUGCAAGAUGCAUCCUACAUUCUUAAAAUGAUGUGUGAAUUGAAUGUCAUACCGUUAGCCUUGCAAAUUACGCAAAUUGCUGGUAACAUCAUGUCGAGAACUUUGCUUGGCGGUAGAUCCGAAAGAAACGAGUUCCUACUGCUUCAUGCUUUCACUGAGAAGAACUACAUUGUACCUGACAAGGUAUACGGGAAGAAAGCAGCGGUUGACGACGAUGACGACCAGGUCGAUGGCGCCAAUAAUACAUCUAAAAAGCAAGCUAAGAAAAAAGCGGCGUAUUCCGGAGGACUUGUAUUAGAUCCGAAAAAAGGUUUCUAUGAUAAACUUAUUCUGCUCAUGGACUUCAACUCGUUGUACCCGAGUAUUAUUCAAGAAUACAAUAUUUGCUUCACCACCAUUAAAAGGAAGACAGCCUCCUCUUCUGACGAUGAUGUCACCAAUCUCAUUUUGCCGAAAACUAACACAGACCUCGGUGUUCUGCCGACACAGAUUCGCAAGCUUGUGGAGAGUAGACGAGAAGUGAAGAAACUAAUGAAAACACCAGAUUUAUCACAAGACCAAUACAUGCAGUACAAUAUCAGACAAAUGGCAUUGAAGCUCACAGCUAACUCCAUGUAUGGUUGUCUCGGUUUCACGCACUCCAGAUUUUAUGCAAAACCUCUCGCAGCCUUAGUGACCAUGAAAGGUAGAGAAAUCCUCAUGGACACAAAAGAAAUCGUUCAAAAGUCUAAUUACGACGUAGUUUAUGGUGAUACUGACAGUCUGAUGAUAAACACUAAUUGUCUGGAUUACGAUAAUGUUUUCAAGAUUGGUGUAGAUUUAAAGAAAGAGAUUAACAAAAAAUAUCGACAAAUCGAACUUGAUAUAGAUGGUGUGUUUAGGUAUCUACUUCUUUUAAAGAAAAAGAAAUAUGCUGCUGUGCUGGUCACCAAGAACAAGAAUGGUGAGUUUGUGUUUACACAUGAACAUAAGGGUUUGGAUAUAGUUCGUCGCGAUUGGUCGCAACUUGCAGCAGAAGCCGGAAAAUUCAUAUUAAGCCAGAUUUUAUCAGAACAGUCUGCAGAUGAGAGGCUUGAGAGCAUUCAAACUCAUCUUAAUAAACUUAAAGACGACUUGGUUAGUGGGAAAAUGCCUCUUUCAAUGUUAACAAUAACAAAACAACUAACAAAGAAUCCCAACGAGUACGCCGACAAACACACGCAGCCUCACGUACAAGUAGCUCUAAGACUGAAUAUUAAAAACAGCAGGCGGUUUAAGAAGGGAGAUGUUGUACCUUACAUUAUAUGUGAAGACGGAACCGCUAACUCGGCGACUCAGAGAGCUUACCACAUUGAAGAAUUGAAGAAUUUAGAGCAUCUUAAGGUUGAUUUUAAUUAUUAUCUAGCGCAUCAGUUACAUCCUGUUAUAUCCAGAAUAUGUGAACCCAUUGAAGGUAUGGACCCGGCCCGAGUGGCCGAUUGUCUUGGCCUUGACCCCUCAGGAUACAGACAGAUAAUCAGAAGAGAUAAUACAAACACUGAAACCUAUGAAGUAGAAAACGAACAUGAGAAAUACAGACAAUGCAAAGAUUUCGUGUUUGUGUGUAUUAAUGAAAGUUGUAAAACUGAGAACAGAAUAAGAGAAGCAGUUGUGAAACUAGAUAAAGAAAGUAUAACAUUUUUAGAUAAAUGUCAGAACGAUAAAUGUACUCUGAGGCCAGUGGAUUACCUAGCAAGUAUUCAAAACCAGUUGAGUCUCCAAAUACGACAAUACCACGCUCAGUACUACGCGGGCUGGCUGUCGUGCGAGGACCCCGCGUGUGGACACCGCACUGUACGGCUGCCACAAACGUUCGCUGGUGGGUAUCCACUGUGCAGAUCAUGCGAGAAAGGCGUCAUGUUCAGAGAGUACACUGAGAAGGACCUGUACUUGCAAAUUAAUUUCUUUUUAUAUUUGUUUGAUAUGAGCAAGAACAACAAUUCAAAACUUCGUAUAACACCACAAAUCACAAAUGCUUUCCAACAGCUGAAAGAAAUGGUUGUAGAAGAUUGGCUGGCACAAUCUGCAUACUCUAUAAUAAACCUAUCGAAACUCUUCAGGUUCUUUACACUAGAUCCCAAAUCGGGUAGUAAGGUGAAGUCGGAACCUAUUGAAAUCGACAUUUUACCUGAGACUGAACAAAUAGAUGCACUUUUAGAGAUGGGCACCUAUUAACAUUAGUUUUAAUAUUUACAAUCAUGUUAAGUAACUAAAAUGUAUAUAUUCUAAUAAAAUAUGCAUA